AUGAAUACUAGGUCUAAAGCAAGUAACUACAGCAAUACCAACAAUGAUAAGGAAAGCAGAAGCAGUAGUAAAAUUGGCUACAAAGGCAGCCGCAAUAACGUCACCGAUAGAUACACCACUAAACAAAUAUUGGAAGAGGAGGAUGAUAUUCUCAUUUACCAUGGACGGAAGAGAAAAGCGGAACGAGAAGAGGAGCAUUUAAAUGAAGUAAAAGAUUACUAUGAAGAAGCAAGAGAAAAGAAAAAGAUGAGAACAGAUAAUAGUAAAAAUAUGUGUGUUUGUGAACAAAGUGUAGAAAAUUAUGGAGGAGAGGAUAUGGUGUGCUGUGAGAUAUGUCUGGACUGGUUUCAUCCAGAAUGCGUUGGGGUUUCUGAAGAAUACUGUAAAGAUCCAAACACCUUCUAUGUCUGUACGGAGUGUAGACAGUUGCAGGUACCUUGUGCUUUUCCUGAUUGUAGAAUCUCAAGAACUUUUAAGGCACCUGCAUAUUGGUCAACAGAUUUGGGGGAGAAAUUUAAAGUUAUAAAAGAUGAAUGUGCCAAAAUGACGAGAUGUAAAAAAUGUGAUUUGUUGCAAUUUUCAUUGCUUUUGCAUGUAUGA